AUGAAAGCAGACAAAGAUCUCUUGAGAAGAGUGAUAGUAUCCUUGGAAUCCGGUCGUGAUGUAGAUGUGAACACGUUGCUUCAAAGCGAGCUUGCUCCAGUCCCAAACUCACUUGCUACCCUUGACGGGAGUCUACGAGAAGCAUGGAAGUCGGAUCUUGGUACCAUUUUACAAGGAAAUGUCUGUAAGAGCCAAAUGCCCAUCAGCAGGAGUCAAACAUGUACUAUUAUUGAUGGAAUGGCAGCUGUUCAGCCCCUCGCCAACUCUUCAGGAGUAAAAACCUUUGGGGAGUAGAGUGACCGAUUUCUUCGUCAUGUCACUUCCCAUUUUCCGGACAGUUGUACAAGGGCUGACGUGCUAUUUGACAGAUAUGCCAAGAACUCAAUAAAAGGAGGAACCAGAGACAAGCGCAAGGAGAAAAAGAGCACAGGGAUUAGGCGCAAUGUGGAUAACAGAGAUCAUAGAAUUGGAAACUGGGAAAGGUUCAUCAUUCUAGAAGAUAACAAGGCUAGGCUAGCUCAUUUCCUCUCGACUGAAAUCUCGGAGAGUUAUAGCGCGCCUCCUGGGCGAGAGCUGGUGAUCAAUGGAGGCUUCAAGGAUACACUGAAGGUGUGGUCAUCUAACACGUUACGACAAGAUAUAAGAGAGCUCGCAUCAGAUCAUGAGGAGGCAGAUACUAGAAUAGUACUGCAUGCCCGAGACGCAGCAGCAAGAGGGUACAAGCAAGUCAACAUUUUGUGUCGUGAUACGGACGUUCUUGUCCUCCUUUUGGCACACCGAGAGCAGCUUUGUCAAUAG